CGCCCGGCCGUGCUAUGUAGUUCCCGCGCGAGGGGCGAUCGCGCGACACAUUCGUACAAUCAUUCGUCCUCGCCUUCGUGAGUCCUAUUUUUUAAAGCUUUGUCAAUAAUUGUGACGAGUUUUGACCAUGUUUUGACAGUAAAAUUACAAAAAUAAGUACCAUGGAUUGGACGAAUGCUAUGGUGCUAGAAUUUCUGCAUAACUACGAAUUGGAACCGGUGCUUUGGGACCCACAAAAUCCGAACCACAAAAGAAAACAUCACGGUUUCGGAGCGUGGGAGAGAAUCAUGCGUAAUCUCACUUGGGAUUGUAAAAUUGAAGACCUAAAGAAGAAAAAGGACAGCCUGAUGGCAUCCUACAGAUUUCAUUGUAAUAAAAUUAAGAAAAUGAAGACAGACCCCACCGGGGAAAAUGUUUAUACUACAAAUUGGUUUGCAUUUGAUUGUAUGAACAGUUUUUUGGGAAGAGUGUAUGACCUAGAGUACGACAAGACUAACAUAGACGAGUUCUACCAGGAAGCCUCUAUAGAAGAUGUCGACACUAGCGACACCCAAACUUCCAAGGAUACCGAACACGUAGUGCCCGCGAAAAGGAGGAAAGUUAAAGAAGAAUCCAAGUCGUAUGCCGACGAAUUCCAGACGAAUUUAGAAAAACAGGAAAAGAACUGUAAAGAACUUUGCGAAACAUACGGAGCUUUGUUGGCACAGAAGCUAUUUAAUUUAGGUGAAGAGGACAGGCUGAUCCUCAUGAACCAGAUAGACAAUUUAGUGUUUGAAACCGCCUUGCAAGCGAGGAAGAAAACGUUUGCCUAAUUAGUUUAGUUAUCACUAGUGACAAGUAACUUAGUUGUUAUAGUAUUUUUAAUUAAAAUUGUUCCAAUAUACCUACUACUACGUUUGGUUUUUACCCUAAACAUACCUAAUAAAAGCAAUGGCGCAGUGUUAAAAAAAUACAUUACUGGAAGUAUUUUAUUAUGGUAUCUAGUAAGUAGUAUCACGUUGCUAGGCUACUUUACCAGUUCCUAUUAUGUAUGUAGUAACAAAGAUCGAUAAAAAAAUUAUUGCCUUGUUUUAUUAUAGGACUCAAUUGGACCUAAUAAUUCAC